AUGGAGGCAAGCAUAGCACGCUCGCUCAAUGACAAACUCUACGAUAAGAGGAAGGUGGGAGCUUUAGACCUCGAGCGUGUCAUUCGAGAUCUUGCUACCGCCAAGGAGUUUGACAGAAUCCAAAAGAUUAUCCAGCAGCUUUGCAAUGACUUUGCUUAUGCCGUCCAUCAGCCUCAUGCUCGAAAUGGUGGUCUCAUUGGCUUGGCAGCAGCCGCCAUAGCUCUGGGCCCGGAAUUAGCACGAUAUCUAGAUGAGAUUGUGCCUCCAGUACUUGCAUGCUUCACAGAUCAGGAUGCUCGGGUCCGAUAUUAUGCAUGUGAAAGCAUGUACAACAUUGCGAAGGUGGCAAAGGGUGAAGUCCUCCCAUAUUUCAACGACAUCUUUGAUGCAUUAUGUAAACUUGGUGCGGACUCAGAGCUCUCAGUUAAGAACGGAGCGGAGCUACUUGAUCGUUUGAUCAAAGACAUAGUCUCUGAAUCCGCUGCUACAUACGUCUCAGUACUUCACACCUCAGAAGAGGCAGUUGUAGAAGCCGACAAGGAAACUCCAGAUGGCUCUAUUGAUCUACCAACAGCCUUCUCGCUUGCAGACUUUAUUCCUCUCCUGAAAGAACGGAUACAUGUAAUGAAUCCAUUCACCCGCACCUUUCUCGUCGGCUGGAUUACUUUACUCGAUUCGAUUCCUGAUCUAGAGCUUGUUUCAUAUCUCCCAGAAUUUCUAGGCGGCCUCUUCAAGUUCCUUAGCGACCCGAAUCGUGACGUUCACGUUGCUACUCAGGGAGCUUUAGAGAGAUUCUUGAGCGAAAUCAAGCGGAUUUCUCGAAUUAAAAAGGGUAUCGAAGAGAGCCGAAAAUCCAAGAGUGACACAAAACGAAAGCGCUCAGGGUCCAUGGACAGCGACGCGUCGAAUGCACCUGAUGCAGGUGGUGAUGAUGAUUCCAUAAAUGCCACCGAUGACAAGGAUGUCAGUAGUGAUGAUGAUUGGGUUCCAGGACAAGAUGUCCAGGUCAAUCACAAAGAUGUUCUUGAGAUAUUAACAGCAAAUCUUGAUUCGCCGCUAGAGGAGGAUAGCUUAUUGGAGUCACUACGAUGGAUUGUCGAAUUCCUAGACAUUUGUCCCGAGGAGGUCCUGCCUUUUGCUCCGAAGAUACUUGCUCAUCUUCUACCAGCGAUGGCCAGUGGUGUUGAGCCCAUUCGACAAGCGGCUGCGCGGGUCAAUACAUCCCUAAUGAACUAUGUUGUCUCAUUGUCCGAUGAUGGCCUCCGCUCAGAAACCCCGACUACAGGCCCGUCAAGAAUUAUAACUUCAGUAGUUAGGGAUGUUACGAAUGAUAGGAGAGACUCCUCUACAAAUAAUCGAGGGUCCCUGUCUGGCCCCAAAGAUCAGCAAGACAGAAGAGAAUCAGAAGUUCAGACUCCUCCGCCGCCGUACAACAAAACUCCGACUCCGACCCCACCUUCUCAACCGCAAGUCGAUCUUGACUAUGCCGCAGCCGUCAACUCUCUGACCUUGCUGUUUCUGAAUGACCAUGAGGCGACUAGGGUUGCGGCUUUGACUUGGUUGCUUAUGCUUCAUAAGAAAGCCCCCAGAAAGGUACUUGCAAUUAAUGACGGUACUUUCCCGGCCCUUCUCAAAACAUUAUCCGACCCUGCGGAGGCUGUUGUCACUAGAGAUCUGCAGCUUUUGUCCCAGAUUUCACGAAAUAGCGGCGAUGAUUACUUCACCUCUUUCAUGGAGAAUCUCCUUCAGCUUUUUUCGACUGAUAGAAAGCUUUUGGAGACGCGGGGCAAUCUUAUCAUCCGACAGUUGUGUGUGAGUCUCAGCCCGGAGCGCAUUUAUCGUACGCUGGCGGAUUGCAUUGAAAAAGAAGAGGACGUCGAGUUCGCCAGCAUCAUGGUCCAGAAUCUCAACAAUAACCUCAUUACGGCCCCUCAAUUAGCGGAUCUCCGCAAACGUCUCCGCAACUUGGAGACUAAGGUUUGCAUAUCCAAGAUAUAUGACUAUCGCCUCCACUAA